AUGGCGCGCGUUCGCUUGCUCGAUGGCACGGAUGUGAUGACGAUGGCAGAGUAUUCUCUGUUGUGGGACGAGCUGGGCGGACAGGAGGCUGGGGAUUGUGUCUUCAACACGUUGCGGCGCCACCUGGCCAAAAGAUUGCUUAUGUCAAAUUUUAGGCAGCUCGCUCUGGCUGGCGACGCAGGCAUGUUGGGCCCAGAGAGUUCAUGGGAUACUGCUGGCUGCUUGACGGCCAUUAAACGGCAAUAUGUUGAAGCAGCCGCUGGUGAAGCAGACGGUCUGGCAAUUUGCAUCGACUUGCUGCAUGCAGCAGCAAGAGGUGACGUACAACAUGUGAUAGAGCUGCUGGAGAAGCCUCAUGAUCCCAAUGCUGCUGACAGAAACAGUCAUGUGACGCCUUUGUUUAAUGCUGCCGCAUACGGCCAUCUGGAAGUUGUGCGCUGCUUGCUGGAUGCCGGUGCUGACAAAGACAAGUUAGGCAGUGUGGGCAGAUCACCGUUGCAUCUUGCUGCAUUGAUGGACAGCCAGGCAGUUGUGCAGUGUUUGCUGGAUGCCGGUGCUGACAAAGAGACGGCAGACGAUGAGGGUGCCACGCCGUUGCAUCUCGCUGCAUUCAUGGACCGGCAGGCGGUUCUGCAGUCCUUGCUGGAUGGCGGUGCUGACACAGAGAAGGUGGACAAUGCGGGCAGAUCACCGUUGCAUCAUGCGGCAUUGAUGGACCGCCAGGCAGUUGCGCAGUGCUUGCUGGAUGGGGGUGCUGACAAAGAGAAGGCUGACAAUGAUGGCGCCACACCGUUGCGUAUUGCUGCUAUUCGGGGCCAUGAGGCGGUUGCGCAGUGCUUGCUGGAUGCCGGUGCUGACAAAGACAAGGCGGACAACGGGGGAAGAGCACCGUUGCAUCUUGCUGCAUUGAUGGACCAGCAGGCAGUUGCGCAGUGCUUGCUGGAUGCGGGUGCUGACAAAGAGAAGGCUGACAAUGAUGGCGCCACACCGUUGCAUAUUGCUGCUGUUCGGGGCCAUGAGGCGGUUACGCAGUGCUUGCUGCAUGCCGGUGCUGACCCAGAGAAGGCAGACAAUGGUGGCGCCACACCGUUGCAUGUUGCUGCACAGCACGGCCAUGAGGUGGUUGCGCAAUGCUUGCUGCAUGCCGGUGCUGACCCAGAGAAGGCAGACAAUGGUGGCGCCACACCGUUGCAUGUUGCUGCACAGCACGGCCAUGAGGUGGUUGCGCAGUGCUUGCUGGAUGCCGGUGCUGACAAAGAUAAGGUGGACAACGGGGGAAGAGCACCGUUGCAUCUUGCUGCAUUGAUGGACCAGCAGGCAGUUGCGCAGUGCUUGCUGGAUGCGGGUGCUGACAAAGAGAAGGCUGACAAUGAUGGCGCCACACCGUUGCAUAUUGCUGCUGUUCGGGGCCAUGAGGCGGUUACGCAGUGCUUGCUGCAUGCCGGUGCUGACCCAGAGAAGGCAGACAAUGGUGGCGCCACACCGUUGCAUGUUGCUGCACAGCACGGCCAUGAGGUGGUUGCGCAGUGCUUGCUGGAUGCCGGUGCUGACAAAGAUAAGGUGGACAACGGGGGAAGAGCACCGUUGCAUCUUGCUGCAUUGAUGGACCAGCAGGCAGUUGCGCAGUGCUUGCUGGAUGCGGGUGCUGACAAAGAGAAGGCAGACAAUGGUGGCGUCACACCGUGGCAUAUUGCGGCACAGCAAGGCCACCAGGCAUUUGCUCAGUGCUUGCUGGAUGUCCCCGCUACGAAGAGAAGGCGAUUAACUUGA